AUGGUUAACUCUGUGGAUAGGACAAAUUUUUUUAUGAGCCAGGUUAACCAGAAUUCUAAUGUAAACCUCACUCAAACACCAAAAACCUUCGAGAAUUUAGAAUUCAACACAGAUGCCGAUUCAAUUUAUAAAGAAAUUGAGAAAGCCAAGGCUAGGCUCAAUGAAUUAUCGCAAUUAGCAAAGAAACGUAGUCUUUACCUUGAUAACACCUCCUCUAUUGAGAGGCUAACUUCUGAAAUAAAGUCGAUUUUAACUUACACCACAAACUCUAUUGAUUCAUUUGAAAAGAAGGUAAACUCCUUCAAGUUUAGAAAUGAAGCUUCCAAAAAGCAUUACAAUAGUAUUAUUUUCCAGCUUCGAAAUGACAUUUUUAACGUCACCAACACCUUUAAGGAAACUUUACAUCAGAGAGCUCAAAUAAUGCUAGAACAGGAGAACAGGCGUAAAUUAUACUCAAUUAAUGACAUUCAUGCUCAAAAUCCAGGCAUCGGUCGUAAAAGAUUCAUGCUUCAACAGGAUUUAGAAUCCGAACAACAACUUGAUUUAGAAAGUGGAAUAACUGUGGCGCCUUCGACGUCAGUGAUUUCAAAUGCUAGAGAAGAGGCCAUUGCAAAUGUGCAAAGAGCAAUUGGUGACCUUUCUCAGAUAUUUCAAAAGGUUACAGCCUAUGUUACUCAGCAGGAUGAGAUGAUUAACCGGAUAGAUUUUGACACUGAAGUGUCACUUAGCAAUGUAAAAUCAGCUAGGAACGAGCUUUUAAAAUAUUAUCGGAGGAUUUCAUCUAAUCGCGGCCUCAUUAUAAAGAUUUUAAUCCUGGUGACUGUUCUAACUUGCCUCUACAUUAUGUUCGUCAUGUAA